GAUUAUGCACUUUGUCAUUUGCGCAGUUCACUCAAUUCAAACAAAAUGACCUCUUUUCGACUCAUCCUUAUUUUGCAUCUCUUGCCCUUCUUCGUUGGUCUUUGUGUGGCCGUUGACGCUUCACCUCACGAUAAUCAUCAAGGGUUCAACCCUUAUUGGCGUCAGUUAUCCGGUGACUUGGACUCCACCAAUUUGGCAGCAAAUAACGGAAUUGUUAAUGAUACUGAAAGUGUUGAUCAUUUUGACGGUUUCAUCUCGUACCGUCGCGCACCCUCGAAGCACUUGGCCAUGUUGAUCAAAGUGAUGUUGCAGCAAGAAAAUGUCAGCGCUUUUCUGGACGUGGAAGAUUUGGAGGGUGGAGCAUGGGACGUGCAGCUUAUGCAGAACGUUGAAUUGUCCCCCAAUUUUCUUCUACUUUUGAGCAAUGGGACCCUCGACAGGUGUAUUGGCGACGUCAACUACACAGACUUUCUCCACAAGGAAAUCAAAGCAGCCGUAGAUUCAGAGAAGCGGAUUGUUCCCGUUUUCGAUGAGGAUUUUGAUUGGCCAUCCACAGAGUUAUUGUCGCCCGAAAUUAACGCAGCUCUGGCUAAUCAGGGACUCUUUUGGGAACAUCGCUUGGUUGAUCAAAGCUUGCAACGAUUAAUCAGCUACAUGAUCAUGAUUGCGCCCAAACAAGAUCAACAUGCUAAGCAUCAAAAUCAUAUACAAUCAGACGGUAAGAAAAAACAUGGGUAAAAUCAAACUAAAUAUUGUUAAUCGGAUCGUCUAAGAAUGAUUAAAUAACAAAAAUUACAAAACUAUGCAAAUUAUUUAUGUAUGCAUACUAAUGAAUAAUGAUAAUACUACACAUUUA